AUGGCUAGUCACAUCAACGCCAAGCAAGGCACACCCUCGACCUCCAGAGCCACCAGUGUCCACAUUGUUGCUGAACCGGGUGUCCAGCCACUGUCUGCAGGGGGAGAAGUAGGAGAUUUGGAAUCAAGCAUGCACUCUCUGAGCAUUGCUGAAGAACACCGCCCAGACUCUCCAGACAAAGAAGAUACCAAUGACCUGCGUAACACUGUACACUCCUUGUGGAAGUGGCAUUCUCAGCCGACCCUGAGGUUUGGUAUGCAGGGUGGUGACUUCAUGCUGUCUGCCAACAUUCUCCUGUCUGGCAACAACUACAGGAAAGUAGCCUUGCUGUUCAAGUUUAUGGCAAUGGGGAUGGUCUCAGUGUCAACUUUCUUCAGGAUACAAGAUGCCUACUGCAUCGAGCCAGUGCAGGAGUACUGGGACAAAACCAGGGCAGAAGUCUUGGAAAGUCUUCGACAAAAGGACCGCGUUGUUGUCCUAGGUGAUGGCAGAAUGGACUCCCCUGGUCAUUGUGCACAGUUUUGCACAUACACCACCAUAGAGCAAGACUCCAGAGACAUUGUCCACAUCGUCUCUGUUGAUAAGCGAGAAACCAACAGGAACUCGGUCAUCAUGGAGAAGGAGUGCUUUAUUCGUACAAUGGAAGCUCUCCUUCCAGAGCUUGCUAUCAAAGAAGUUGUCACUGAUGCCCACCCACAGAGCAGUGCAUUGUUGAAUCCAGAGCGUGGUAAAUACAAAGCAUGGGGGAUUCAACACUCACUGGAUAUAUGGCAUGCAGCUAAAAGUCUAAGCAAGAAGCUUCGACGGGUUGGGACUGUAAAAAAUCAAACAAUUAUUCAAGCCUGGAUCAAGGACAUUGUUAAUCACUUUUGGUACUGCAGUAAGCAUGCUGUAACUGAGGAGCAGUUCAAGAUGAUGUGGGUUGGCGUGCUGCACCACGUACGGGACGAGCACUCUUGGGCAACUGGGUGCUGUCAGCACGAGCCACUGGAGGAAGGCAGCCAGGAGAAGCCAUGAAUCAAACAAGGUUCUGCCGCUCACAAGGCAUUGGCUGGAGUUGUGCUCGACAAGCGAUGGUUGGGCCUGGUGAAAAAGUUCUUGAACUUCAGGACCACAUCUGAUUUGGAGUCCUUCCAAAAUCACCUCCUCAUGUACUCAUCAAAGCGGCACGCCUACACAC